AUGGAAUUAUUCAACUCUGCUUUGGGGAAAAAUAUCACUUUUGUGCGUCCUGCUUAUUUUAUAAUAAGAGGGUUUAUUGGCUUGUCCAAUAUGAAGUAUUACUAUGUCUUUCUGUUUUUUGUCUACAUUGUUUCAGUGCUUGGAAACACAGCUGUUAUGGCUGUUAUAUAUCUGGAUAACAACCUAAAAACUCCAAAGUAUGUUGCUGUUUUCAACUUGGCCUUUGUGGACCUGUUAGGUAGCACUGCUCUGGUGCCAAAAGUGCUUGAUAUUUUUUUAUUUAACCAUAAUGUAAUUCCUUACAAUGACUGCUUGACAUUCUUGUUUUUCUGCUACACUUGCCUUUCAAUGCAGUCUUUUAAUCUGGUUGUUCUCUCGUACGACCGACUGAUGGCCAUCAUCUUUCCUCUGCACUAUCGACUGAAGGUGACCUGCAGGCUUAUGCUUUCAUUGAUAGCCUCAUUCUGGAUCUUUGCUGUAAUUGCCGUCCUUAUUGCAGUCAGUCUUCUUACAAGACUCUCCUUCUGUAAUUCUGUGGUUAUAAACAGCUAUUUCUGUGAUCAUGGCCAGAUCUAUCGGUUAGCAUGCAAUGACAAUUUUCCUAAUGAUGUAGUUAGUUUAGUUUACCCUGUUCUUAUAUUUUGGCUUCCACUGGUUUUUAUCCUGUUAAGUUACAUUUAUAUAGGUUAUACUUUGGCGAAAGUGGCAACAUUACAACAAAGCAUCAAGGCCUUUAAGACGUGUUUAGCUCAUCUCUCAUUAGUGGUCAUUUAUUUCACUCCACUGUUGAUUACGUUCACCUUGAUGGAAAAAAUACAUCCAAACAACAGGAUCAUAAACUUGUCUUUGACGUCAGUCUUUCCUCCCAUGUUGAACCCGAUCAUUUAUGUUCUCCAGACACAAGAAAUCAAAGCAUCAAUUAAAAAAAUAUUAAAGUUUGGUUUGAAAUCCAAAAUAAGUACUAAACAAUCUGCAACUAAGUGA